AUGGCACCCGCUAUCGUUCGCUCAUUGCGCAGUGCGUCUUCAAUCACCCAGCACGCCCCUCGUGCUGCAGAGGCCUUUUCCACACUCUCGGGGCGCUUAUUAGAGGGCAGUAAAGUGCUGCUAGCUCGAGAUGAUAAAGGCGACGACAAGAACGAUAGGCACAAACCAUCCCAAUGCCGGUUCUUCUUCCUUUUUGCUCUGAUUGGUGUGGCGUUCGUGUGUACUGGUAUCUGGUUUUUCUUCUGGGCAAAGAACGGUGGCUUCCAAUUCAAGGAAACAGAUUGGGAUGACUACAAAUCUACGGUUCUUCGACGUACCGGGCCUAACGGCACUAUUCUCUCCAACGCAACUCGACCAACAAACCUCGGUGGUGGCAGUGUAUACAAGGACGUGGACGACGACAACACGACUGUAGUCACAGAGAGCACAACACUUACUGGUAUCACAGCUGGAGCAAGCGACAUUGGUGCACGUGAGAAGCGACGCCGCAAGCAGGAAAAGCGAGACCGUGAGCGUGCGAAGAAGGGCAAGAAGACUAGCCGCCACGUUGGUGAAGCGGGUGUUGAAGAUGAGGAGGCCGAACUUGCAGCCAAGAAGGAACUCCGCAGCUAUCGCCAUGAGAGGCCUGCCCGCGUUGGUGGACUGAACAAGGAGAGUGAAGGUUCCGAAUGGGAUGGCUCUACCAACCCUGGCACUGAAUCUAACGUCUCAACAAACCUUCUUUCUGAUCGUCAGACAACCCCUACAACCACACCUACCAAGGCCACCGGCGGCAUCCGCAAGGUCUACUCUACCGCUGAUCGUCGGGAGAACCGUGAGGCAGAACGCAUGCGCGCCGAGGCCCGUCGUCUUCGUGAAGCUGGCCGAGCAGCCCGUCGCGAUUUCAGCUACCAGCGUGCCGAGAGCUACACCCGCGCCGACAGCCAGGUCAGUGAGAGUCUCCUUGAUGGAUCACAGGUGACCCGUACCACAGACGAUAGUGGCGAUCUGGGUACCAAGAGUUAUCACCACCCGAUGCCUGAGCUGAGGGAGCUUGAGAGGGAGAGGGCAAGGGAGGAGCGGCGGGCACGAAGAGCGCAGAGGGAAUAUCGACGAGGGCGAGGAGAGGAAUGUUAA